AUGCCGCCUAAAAAGGUGUCGCUGCCAGCGAAUCCACCCGCGGAUCCAUCUCAAAACAUCCCGCUUCAGUACACCACCUUCUUCUCCGUAGCGCCUCUCAACGCCAAAAACGUCUCGUCAUCCUACCUCAAGACAGAGGCUCAGACAUGGAUCUCUCGCUCUCAAGCAGCUGUUCAGUCGCAAGGACACGCCAAAAAGAGGAGGUUGGAUGCACUCAAAGAUGGCGCUGACGCUGCUGACGCCAGCGUCAACAUGGAUGAAGACGACGAUCUCGAAGCUGAAGAAGGUGAAAUGGAAGCAGCCGAGAACACUCCGGCUCAUCGCACCAUCGUAAUUCACCCCGGCUCGCAGAAUUUGCGACUGGGUCGAGCCACCGACCUCUUUCCUAUCUCUCUACCGAACGUGCUUGCUCGUCGAGCAAAGAAAGCUGCUCCUACGCAGAGCGGCGCAGACUCGAAAGAUACAGAAACAAAGGCACAGAAUGUGGAGGAUGAGGAUGUCGACAUGGCCGAUAAACAGGAAGUCGAUGCAGCAAAAGCGAGUACAGACGCAUCAGAGGAGGAGGAGGAGGAGGAAGCAGCUAAAUCAUUACGCAAAAAUCCGAGAAGGUCAGCCGCCAAUGGAACUUCGUCAGAAAAACCGUCAUCGAGCAGCUCAGCAGCAAUCCCUGACGACCCUGUCAGCCCCAACAAACCCUCGCUCAACGAAGGCAUAGAUGCGAUCAGAAACGAUCUGCGCGCCAUCAUGCGUCAGGAAAAGCUCCGCUCCGUCGGAAACGCCAAGAAUCUCGCUGCCAACUACAACGAUAGCUCCCAGCCAGAGGACGUUCCUGAGCACAACGACCUCUUCGGCCUCGAAUGGACUGACGAGGACGUCGACGGUGAAAAUGACAUCCUGGUAGGCGAGCAGGCGCUUCGUCUGGCAUCCUUCUCCCAGCCAAAGACAGCAGAGCCCAAGCAACUGCAGCAAAGACGUCAGCAGCAGCAACAGCUUUCAGCGGUCAAAACGCUGUCACCACCAGACCCGGCCAGACCCUGGACGCUCUUCCGUCCAUUCAAGCGGGGCACGCUCGAUCUCAACGCUUACGAGAAGCACUACGGCGCUUCGGCUGCCGUGCAGGCGCUCCUUGGAGAUGUACGCACUAUCUUGGAACACGCCAUCACAUCCCCGCCCGAAGACACGGAAGCGAGGCAAGAGAUGGGCAAAGUGGCACCCAUCGGACUCGGAAUUCCACGGGAAGAAUUCGGUAGCUGCACCGUCAUCCUUAUCGUCCCAGAUCUGUUUUGCAGGUCUGACGUCAAGGCACUCGUCGAGCUGCUGCUGGUCGACAUGGGUUUCGCACAGGCAUGCAUUCAGCAGGAAAGUGUGUGUGCCACAUUUGGCGCCGGUCUUUCGUCGGGCUGUGUGGUCGAUAUGGGCUCGGAGAAGAUCUCCAUCUCGUGUGUCGAGGAAGGCCUCAUCCUUCCAGAGACGCGCGUUCAGCUCGCAUACGGCGGCAACGACCUCACCAACUUCUUGGCAGAGCUCUUCCUGCGUGCCAAGUUCCCUUACCGCGAGCUCGACUACCGCUCGAGUAUCGCCGACAGCUUACUCAUUGACGACUUGAAACGCAAGCUCGUCACGCUCAACCCGGCAGAUGUGGGUCUCAACAUUCACGAUUUCUACCUCAGACUGCCAUCAAGGCCGACGAUGAAGUAUCUGUUCAGGACGUACGACGAACUCAUCAUGGGCCCAAUGAGUCUGUUUGAUCCGGCGGUGUUCGACCUGGACGGCAAGCCGAGGAUCAAGGGCAAGGCGGAAGCUGUGUCGAAGAAGGAAGAGGAGGGCCAAGACGAGGGUAUCGCCGAGGACUUGACCGAGCUCAGCGUCCUGCAUGGCCUGGAUGUACCAGUGACAGGCGCCAUGAUAUCCUGCGUCCAGCAUCUCUUGCCGGCGCCACCAGCACCUGCAGCACAACCCGCCGCUACAGCAGCCGCAAUCACCGCCAACGCUGGUACUGACACGGCUGCGGCUGGUUCCGAAGUAGGAACACCCGCACCUCCUGCAGAUGUCAAGGGCAAAAUGGAUGCCAGUGGCAGUGCCGUGCCGUCUCGAGCGGUGUCCCCUUCCGCAACUACCAAAGCAGACGCCGGUGGUGCAGAUGGGAGCCUCCUCCCUUCCGCUGACGCAUCUGCUCGACCUUCUCCUACACCCCAACCAUCGUCUAUCGGCGGCGGGGGCGGUGCUGGUGGUGCGACUGUAGCUACUGUCGAAGACCCGGGGCCACCCGCGCCAGCAGGUCCUACCGUCGACAUCCCCUACGAAGCCUCCAAAACCUCUCUGGACCAAGCCAUCCUCAACUCGCUUCUCACCUCGAUCGGCCAAGUCGGCCCUGCAGGUGACGAACGUCUGCGCAAGAUGUCGAACAACAUCCUCUGCGUGGGCGGCACGGCGCGUAUUCCCGGCCUUGGUGCAGCGCUCGAGGCGAGAUUGACCGCGAUGCUCGGCAACCACUUCAGCGUUACGACGGGCGAUGCCAACAAUGCCCCCAAGGUGACGGUGAUUCCGCCGCCGAGGGAUAUGGAUCCACAAGUGAUGGCGUGGAAGGGUAUGAGCGUGUUUGCGAGGCUGGAGGCUGCUUCGCAGGAACUGUUGUUGAUGAUGGACGAUACACGGUCGACCACGCAAGCUUUCGGUAGCAAUGCUACGUUUGACCCGCUUGCCGUCGCGCCGGCAUUUGCGCGUAAACCGUCAUCAAAUGUCCCACCAACAGAGCCGCAGCAUCCAGCGCAAGCGUCUACCUCUGCCUCGAGUGCCUCAGACUCUGCUCGAACCCGCUUCAGCGUGCCUGAACUGGGAGAUGCUUCGUUGAUGGGCGAAUUGCCGACCACGGACCCACUCUCGAUCUUGCUGCAAAAGCAUCUACCACCGCACGUCCGACCUCCACGCGACCUAUCUGGCAUCUGGCACACUUCUAGCGGGCCAACGACAACCGAGAUCAAUGCGCCGUCCAAUGAGAUCCCCGACCCUUUUGCACCAGGUAAUGACCCGGAAGUGGAGACCAUCAACGCCGACACAGUCAGACAAGGAGCCGCCUCGAACUCGUGGCGUAAGAUUGCUUCUCUAGCCCGAAGCAAGCUCGAAGCUUACUCCAACGUGGAACGUCAGCGACUCGUCCAACAGCAGCAGCAGCUGGUCGAUGCACCGCCGACGCACGAUCAGGAGAUGGACGUUCGACAGGUGCUAGAGUGGUGGAGCAUUCGGCUGUACGCUUUGGCGCGGCUGAAGCUCUACUCGAUGCUCCGGACUGAACUGGCCGCUUUGUGGCAGGUGUUAUCGACUACCCGGGUGCACGAAGGGUCGCAAGUGGUUUUGGCGGAUACAGAGGACGUACCAUUUACGCUCAGAGUGUUGAAGGCCACUGAACCCAAGUAUAGAGGAGAGGUGCGGACGACGUUGGAACAGUAUACACUGUUGAUACAGUUGUGUAAGCGGAACAUGCGGCGAUCGAAGGCGUUCGCAAGAGCAACAGCCAAGGAUGGGGACGGAGGUGUGGAAGGAGAGGUUCGAAAGUGGAGAGGCCGAGCUGAGCGGGUGGGGUUGAUGCUGGCGUUCACGCUAUCUGAAGCGAAAGACUACGCGGGAGCCAUCGAGGUGAUGACGCCGCUCGUCGAGAGUUCGUUGCGCCUGGACGAAGCAAGAGCGUCCGACGUGGAAGGGCAUAUACAGCUCGUAGCUGUUGCAUCAAGACUCUGGAUUCAAGCCGGUGACCUCUCCUUCGCAUCCACGCUCCUCGACCGCGCCGAAGCUCUCCUCCCUACCCCCAUACCCCCUACACUCACUGCGCAACUCAACCACACCCGCUCCCUCAUCCACGCCAUCUCCGGCGACUUCUCCGCAGCCUCCUCCCUCCUCCCCUCCAACCCGUCUACACCGGCAGAACACCUCAACGCAGCCAUCAUCACGUUCUACGCUGCACACCUCGACGCUUCGCUCUCGCAGCUCGAACAGCUUCUCUCCUCCCACCCGCACGCGAUCGCGAGCGCAGACGCGGUGGUGUUCAACUUGGCCACGCUGUACGAGCUCGGGCAAGGGUCCGAGUCUCAGGCCGUGGCGAAGAAGAGAGAGCUGCUGGAUAAGGUGGCCAAAUUUGCUGGGGAGCCUGGCGUUUCCGGGUCGAGUUUCAAGCUGUAA